UAGUUAAUUAAGCCUUUGGCCGGCUUUGUCACUUCUUGUAAAGUUUAAUUAACAUCAUAACCAUUUCUUUGUUUCUAGCAAUGCAUUGAUUUAUGGAAAAUGAUAAGAGUGAUUCUUCUUUUGGUCACAACAAGGUUAUUUUCCAAAUUAUUAUCUUAGUUUCAGCUGCAUUUAUUGUUUCUUCAGUGUACCAUCUCAUAGCCAUUUGUUUGUGUCACCGACGACGAACCACAACAGAUCAAAAUCAACUACAACCACCAAAUCAAGCUGCGAUGCCUAGCCUCGCCGAAAGGACUUCCUCAUCAGUACCUGUAGUACACCGAAUUCCAACACACAAGUAUCACAAAAGAGAUAAAGUUGAUGCUGUUUCGGACGAUGAAGGCGGCACAUGUGCCGUGUGUUUGGGAGAUUUUGAGGAGGGUGAGGAGUUGAGGACCAUGCCGGAGUGCUUGCAUUCUUAUCAUGUAGAUUGUAUUGACAUGUGGCUCCAUUCGCAUUCGAGUUGCCCUAUUUGUCGUGCUGGUGCUGCUCCUUCGCAGGCAGUGAGAUCAAAUCAUCACAGCAUAGAUAUGAAUAUGGCUCCACUUGGUACUGUCAUGCAAAGUGGAUUGGCGCGAUGGUGAGAUUUUGAUUAUGGUGAUUUUCAAGAGUCAUACUGGCAAAGUACAUAUACACCACUAAUUUAGCUUAUCGCGAUUCAGUUUUAAUAUAUCCUUUGUAUAAACUUUUCAGCAAUCAUAAUAUCACUUGUAAGUUAUAUAUUUUGAUCACCUUUUUAAAAUUUACUAUUUUCGAAUCACAUCUAAUCCAUUUAAUUUCAUAAGUAUUGAUUCGAAUUAGACCAAACUCAAUCCAACAACAAAACAAGAGCACAUCACUACUCCAACACCAUUAGCUUAAACACGUCUUAGAGACACAUUUAAAUAUUUAAAUUGAAGGUACCGAUGUCGACAUUAGUCUUUUAUCUUGGUCUUCUUGUCCACGAAGAUUGUUUUAUUGAACUCACAGCAAAAAUCCUGAAUUUGAGUCACACACUUUUUAUCACUUUCUUAAAAAAAAAACAAUAGUCUUCCAAUGCCAUUCACCAUGGGUAUUGUCAAAAAUGAUUGUUUUACCAACAAUGUGAAAAACAUGGUUUGCAAGAGUACAUGAUUCAUUUAGGCUUUGUUUGCGAAUUUGGAGAGGAAUGGAAGGAAGAACUUUGAAAAAAUAGAAAAAUUGAGUGAAAAGAAUAGAAGAAUUUUGAUUGAAGAGUUUAGUUAUUAGUCAUAACACAAAAUUUCUCUGAUUUGGAGAACUAAAAAUAUUGUAUUGGAGUAGGAUUUUGAGGGCUUAGACAAAAGAUUAAAUUCUAAACCAAGUAACUUACUAAUUUGGGCUUGGGUUUGGGUUACACAAUUUGGAAUAUACU